CUACCUCGACUGCUCAUGCGUUUCCGUACCUAGUUAUGCAUCGCAUGCAUUGAUAGCAUCAAUUAGGCAACAGUACCCCAUCUCUCGAAUCUCGCCCCAAUCUUGCUAUCUGAUCACGCACUGGACCAGUCUUUGAAGGCCGGAGCGUACACGAGGGUGGUCUGCCCCGAACCUCAGAUAUUAGGCCUCAUAUAUUUUGUUGUAUGGGGUCGUCCACUCCACAGCAUUGAAACAGUGAUCUGUGUUUGUCGGGAAUGCAAUCUGCGUAACAGCUCAUCGAUAGGCUCUUGGACUUGCAACUUGCAACCACAUCCUCAUCCUCUCCAGAAUUCCGCAAAACACCAGAUCGCCUAUCAUGACGGACGCUAUUCCGAUCGUCUCCUUCGAGAGAUUCCUCACCGGAAACCGAGCUGACCAGCAACGAGUUGCUCAGCAAGUCUACAAUGCGUUCUCGACUGUGGGCUUCAUCUAUCUGAAAGACCACGGUAUUCCACAGCAAAGAGUCGAUGAGAUCUUCGCGUUGGCUAAAACCUUCUUCGACCUCCCUCUCUCGGAGAAACUCAACUAUAAACUCAGCGAAGCGCGCGUCAACCAGGGCUAUACGCCCGACGGAGCCGAAGGCAUUAACGACCACAAAGAAUGCUACGAGCAUCGGCGGUUCACGAACACCUUGUGCCCGGAUGAGACUCACCUACCUGACUUCAAGACAAAGCUCGACACCUUCUAUGGACAAUGUCUAAGUCUGGCAAUGGACGUGCUGAAAUGUCUCGCUAUGGUUUUGGGCUUGGGCGACGACUUCUUCACACAUGUCACUAAACAUGCAGACCCACAAAUGCGCCUGAUCCACUAUCCACCACUCAAGCGGCGAGUGAUCGAGGAGCAAGGCCACGCUCGCAUCAUGCCGCAUACCGACUUUGGACUGUGCACACUGUUGUUCCAAGACGGCAUUGGCGGCUUGGAAAUUGACCCUUAUCACGAUGGCAAGUUUGUGCCUGCACCACCCGUCCCAGGGACUGUGCUGGUCAACAUCGCGGAGCUGUUGACGCGGUAUACGAAUGGACGGGUGAAGUCGACGAAACAUCGCGUCGUCGCGCCGUCACUGGAUAAAUAUGUGGGAGAUGUGCUGCCAGCGAGAUUUAGUAUUCCGUUCUUCGUGCAUCCUGAUCCGGAGACCAUGAUUGAUCCGAUUGUACUGAGCAGUGCGGAGCAGAGGUUGUAUGAGCCUGUCAAUGCAGGGGAAUGGAGGAUCUGGAAUACCACGAAGGACUAUCACCUCAAUGGAGCGGAGGGUAAGGGCGUAGAAGUCGAGACAGUGGGAUAGAGACAAGAAAGAGUUAUGGAGUAUAGCGGAUUGAGACUGUACGAGCUACAAGGUUCGGAUAGUGCCGCUUAUUCUAGGGAUUGGCUUGUCGUCGAGCCUGUUUCCAGAAAGAGUGGCACAGUCUGACCGCUGUAGCUGGUCAGCUUCAAGUAGAUGCCGGUCUUGUUGUCAUACCGAAGACCUUCGCACACAACGAUAUAGUGUUGGUCUUUGGUAUGGGGGAG